AGACAGAGAGAGGAGGAGAAGGAGAGAAGAACAGCAUCCGCAACGCACAUCCCAAGAGAGCAUCAAUUUGGAAAUGGACUGAAAUACUACUGGAUUAAAGACUCAUCUGUUCAAGUCCAAGUGUAGUCAUGCAGGAGAACCCAGGCUCUAUAGGUGUGGAUGGAGGAUACGCCAGCAAUGUACCUGCUUUCCUCACUAAACUCUGGACUCUUGUGGAGGACCCAGAGACCAAUCAUCUGAUUUGCUGGAGUACUACGGGCACCAGUUUCCAUGUUUUUGACCAGGGCAGAUUUGCCAAAGAGGUUCUGCCAAAAUACUUCAAACACAAUAACAUGGCAAGCUUUGUACGCCAGCUCAACAUGUACGGUUUCAGGAAGGUGGUGAAUAUCGAGCAGAGUGGGCUGGUGAAGCCCGAGCGAGAUGACACCGAGUUCCAGCACCUCUAUUUCCUCCAGGGCCAUGAGCAUCUGCUUGAACACAUUAAGCGCAAGGUGUCAAUAGUGAAGAGCGAGGAGACCAAAGUGCGACAGGAAGACUUGAGUAAGCUGUUGUAUGAGGUUCAGGUGCUGCGCAGCCAACAAGAGAACAUGGAAAUGCAGAUGCAGGAUAUGAAACAGCAAAAUGAUGUUUUGUGGAGGGAGGUGGUGUCACUGAGGCAGAAUCACACACAGCAGCAGAAAGUCAUGAACAAGCUGAUUCAGUUCCUGUUUAGCCAGAUGCAGUCCAACACUCCCAGCACUGUGGGAAUGAAGAGAAAGCUUCCUCUCAUGCUGGAUGAUGGCUGCUCCACCCCUCCUGCCUCAAAAUUCAGCCAUAGCCACUCCGCAGAGUCCUUGCAAGAAUCUUUCUAUAUCCAGUCGCCAUCCGCAGAAAGUGCAUCCUGCUCCACUAGCAAUGUGAUGACAGGAGGGCCAAUAAUCUCUGAUGUCACUGAAAUCUCACAGUCCAGCACCAUGGCUUUACAAAUGCAGGCAGAGGAAUCUAGAGAAAAGUGUCUGAUGCUGAUUAAGGAAGAGCCAGUGAGUCCUGGGGUCCAGGGACGGGGAGAGGGUGUACCACUCGGCUCCUGUGAAGUGUGCACUGAACCCCCCGUCCUCCCUGUUGCCAUGGUACAGUCCGUCCUAGAGGGCCGAGGAUCUAAUUUGGGAGAGAGAAGGGUCAAAAGACCCAUGUUAGAAAGAUCAGAGAUUCCUGACGGUGUGGAGAAUGUUGACAUGAGCCUGGAGGAUUUACAGCUGCUUCUGAGGAGCCACCAGCAGAGCAUGGAAACCAGUGCUGCAGCAAUGGAUCCCUUUACAUUUAGUCUGUCUUUGAAUGAGUGGAACUUCACAGAAAUGGACCCGACCCUGAAAUCGGAGCUGGCUAAUGCCCUCAUCCCUGCUGCUGUGUCCCAGUACAUGUUUCAGGGUCAGGAGGGGGAGACAUACCCCACCGCUGGCUAUGAGGAGCAGUGAGGCCCUGAUACAACAGCCAGCACAGAUCCUUCCUGAGAGCGAACAGAGUAAUCCAUUUGAAAGCUUGCCACUUGGAUUGUGCAUUAUCCCAACAUCAGAAGACAAGGCUCAAAUUUAUGACUUGCAAAUGUGGAGGUUAUAAACCAUAUCAAGUAAACAUGCUGACCAGCCCUUUGUGAAGAUUCAUUUAGUUGGCCACUGGUGGAAGGUGCAUUUUUACAAAAACACUGGGAGCGGUUCAACUCUUUGGAGAUGGAAUAUUUAAAGUAAUCCUUUCUCAAAGCCUACAAGGAGUUCAGGCUACAUCAAGAUCAUUUUGAAGAUAUUUUUCUCAUGAUAUAAUGCAUCCUAAGGAAACUUCUAUUGCCAAGGAAAAGGCAAUAUUAAGCAUUUCCCUCACAAACGACUACAAUGGAGGUGAACUGUAUGCAAUACGACGUAAAUCACUGUGGCCCGAGUUUGAAUGCACUUUAGUCUGUGUGUUGGAGUUUCUGCUUUCUGGAGCUGUGAUUUAAUUUUCCCUAAAAUGUAACUGUAAGAAAUUAAUAUAUUUAGUUCAAAUUGAUAUCAUAGUGAAGCACACACUUGUAUUGCAAUAUAUAUUUGAAGAUAUACAAAAAGUACUGGUUUAAUCAUAUUAUGUAUGUAUUAAUGUGAGAGGUCUAGGGGUUAAAAAUCAGACCUCGCAGAACUGAAACGAUGAUGCACUGCUUUUUGCACACUUUAGUGUCUUUUUCUCAAUCAUAUUUUAGUAUCUGAAAUAUAUUAUUAAGACAUCAAGUAUCUUUGUUUCAAUUUAUCCUUUAGUUGAUGGACUAGCCUUUCAGAAUUUACAGCUGUCUUUGAUACGCUUGAUAUAUUGUGUGAUAUUUGAUACAAAUGUGUUGACCACAAUGGUUAGUUGCAAAAGACAGAAUCAAUGAUUCUUAAUGCCUUUUUAGAAGAGCGCUAUACUUAGAUAAAACGUAGCUUCUAUAUUUUAAAUAUUUAUGCAAUGUAUUCUAAUUUGAGUAUUUCAGCCCAUCAGCAAAAAUAAAGACCAACAAUGGCAGUGCCUUAGGCUUUAGGUAAGCAUCUGUUUAUUUUUCCUGCCAAACCUCAUAUAUGUAAUGAGGGCAAAGGAACACACAACAUACAAUAACAUUUUAGAGGCCAUAAUGCACUUUUUUCAUUAGGGCAGCCAUGUAGCAAUACAGAAAACCCUAGAUCUCUUACAAAUGUGUUGAAUUUUAAGUGCAAUACUGCUGCAUUUAUUUAAAUGAUUUCCCUAAAAAGGAAUUUAGCUGCAUUGAUUUGUAUGAUUUCUCAAGGAUGCAACAUCUAAUGAUGAUUUAGAUGGGAACUAUGAUGGAAUUUAAAAAAGAAAGAAAUUGCACUAAGGGUGAUAACUGUAUUAGAAAUAGUGUUUAUUCCGUGUUAGUUUAUACUUUUAUUUUUCCACUACUCUCUACCAAAGAGCAAUAAUUAAAUGGUUUAUUUUGGGUGCUUUUUCACAUAGCUUGCAAGUCUUUUAUUGUAUAGCCUAUUUUUCUUUUAUAAUGUAAUUAAUUGCACUGCUAAAAAAAAAAUGAAUGUAGAUAAACACAGCGAGACAAAAGCAAGAAAGGAAACCAAUGUUUCAUAUUAUUUCUGGAUGUAGUCUGUUCCUGACUCCCACCAGCAUGUCAAAAAUAUGUACACAAAAAAAAAAACUGUAAAACAAUAAACUUAU